AUGGGCCAGGGAUCACCAGGAAGCGUAGGCAGCCAGAUCAUAACGCCCCAUUGGCAGCAGCAGCUUCUCAAGUGUGAGAUGAUCAGGUCCUCUCGGUCUUCACAUCACCGUGCUCGUGCCAGUGCCAUGGCCUCACGCACCGUCAUCAAAUCCGCCAUCCCAAUCACAAAUCCUAACCUUGUUAAACCGAGUACCAGCUCAAACACCGACGUCGCGGAAUCUGCCUCCAAAGACCCACCGACACCAGCUCUCUCCUCCACCCCCGCCUUGAGUGCCGGCGAGAGCUCACCAGGUAUGACAAGCGCUAUUGCCAAUCAUCCCUCAUCCACUGUUGCCCCAAUUGCCGAGGCCCCGCGGCCUACUGCAAAACCGCCACAGAACACCUGGAACUCCCUUGACAUGGGUGGCAUUAACAUUAAAACUAUCCCACCUUCCUCUGGCCUCUUCUCUUUCACCUUCCUCAUUAACCUCUAUCUGAAUCACAACGCUCUCACCUCUAUACCCUCCGGGAUCGCGAAGCUCCGCCAUCUCGAGCUCCUCGAUCUCAGUGGAAACAAUCUCUCAACAGUUCCCCCUGAGCUCGGCAUGUUGACGCAGCUGAAGGAGUUAUACUUGUUUGACAACCACAUUGGGACCCUUCCGCCUGAACUGGGCAGCUUGCACCAGCUGCAGACCAUCGGUGUUGAAGGAAAUCCGAUCGACGCGUCUCUCAAGGCAAUCGUGCAGAAGGACGGUACCCCCGCGCUUAUUUCCUUCCUGCGCGAUAGCUGCCCCGUCCCAUCUCCUCCACCAGAGCGUCUUUGGAAGUCCCUCAUCUCACCUCAAGAGCGCGAAGCCUUUGCCGCAGAUCCUGCUACAGAGACGUUCAGUGCCCUCUGCUACAACAUUCUCUGCGAGAAGUACGCGACGGAGCGGCUGUACGGAUACACGCCAUCGUGGGCACUCAGCUGGGAUUACAGAAAGGAGUUGAUACUGACGGAAAUAAUGAAUUACGAUGCCGAUUUUUUGUGCCUUCAGGAAGUGGAUAUCGCACAGUACGAGGAUUACUUUGUGAAGCAUUUGCAGGGGCAGGGGUAUGAAGGGGUUUAUUGGCCGAAGAGCAGGUAUAAAACGAUGAGUGAUGCAGAUCGCCGGCAGGUCGAUGGGUGUGCGACGUUUUACAAGGCGGACAAGUAUUCCCUCGUCGAACGUCAGCUCAUCGAGUUCAGUACCGUCGCAAUGCAGCGCCCCGAUUUCAAGAAAACAGACGACAUGUUCAAUCGUGUGUUAGGCAAAGACCACAUCGCCGUCAUCUGUCUCUUUGAAAUGAAAGAAACUGGCACUCGCAUCAUUCUUGCUAACGCCCACAUCCACUGGGAUCCCGCCUAUCGCGACGUCAAGCUCGUCCAGGUCGCGCUCCUCGUCGACGAGAUCGAGAAGAUCGCUGCGAACUUUGCACGAUUACCCCCGCGGCUGGAUACGCCCCGUGCACCCGUCUAUAUCGAUGGAAGCAAGAUCCCGCUGAUCAUUUGCGGAGACUUUAACAGCGUCCCGUCUUCGGGCGUGUACGAGUUCCUCUCGAACGGGAGUGUGCCGCAUGACCACCCGGACUUUAUGAGUCAUUUGUAUGGGCGGUACACAACGGAUGGGCUGCGGCAUCGUUUGGGACUCAAGAGCGCAAACGCGGCCGCGGGUGAGCUACCGCUGACGAAUUAUACGCCGAGCUUCCAGGGCGAGAUCGACUAUAUAUGGUAUUCGACCGCAAAUCUGGCGCUGAAUGCGGUGCUGGGAGAAGUGGACAGGGGGUACUUGGAAAAAGUGGUAGGGUUCCCGAACGCCCAUUUCCCGUCUGAUCACAUAUGCAUCAUCAGCGAGUUCCGCGUGAAGCCUCCAAGACCCCCAGCCUUGCUACCAGCGCCGCCUUAA